CGCCGAGCUGUAAAAAAGGGAGCCCCUGCUUUCACCAGCGCCUCUUCCGCCGCUCCACAUGCACCCAACUGUUUACAACAGGAAAACUAAAGGAGCUAGCUGUUUGUGUGCAACGCUGUAUUUAUAUCGAGUUUCUUAUUUCAGCUUGUAGCCGUAAGUACGCUUGUAUCUCGGCUAACAUGCUUCUUUUUUGUCCAACCUGUGGGAAUGUUUUAAUUGUCGAGGAAGGACAGAAGUGCAUGAGGUUCGCCUGUAACACCUGUCCCUAUGUACACAACAUCACAAGAAAGGUAAAUAACAGAAAGUAUCCCAAGCUAAAAGAGGUGGAUGAUGUCCUUGGUGGAGCUGCAGCUUGGGAAAACGUGGACUCAACUGCCGAAACUUGUCCCAAGUGUGAGCAUCCUCGGGCGUAUUUCAUGCAGAUUCAGACCAGAUCAGCAGAUGAACCGAUGACGACUUUUUACAAAUGCUGCAAUGCCCAGUGUGGACAUCGAUGGAGAGAUUGACGCCUUUGUGCUUUAAAAGUUUUUAUAUAUUUAAUGCUCAAGUUGCAUAGAUUAUUCCCCACAUCCCUUGUCUGUCAUUUUCCUGCCUUUAGUUAUUAACAACAGGCUCUGGUAGCUGUGGAAAUCCUUUUGAUUAUUUCAAGUUUGUGCAGUUUCUAUUCUAUGUGCUGAAGAAACUAUUCCUUUUGUCUUUGCAGAAUAUAGUUGAAUAAAGUUUUCACUUUCCAGGCAUAAUUAAGUUUUCAAAUAAAAUUAAAAUGAGUUUCAAUGAAAAAUCAUGUUCUGAUUUUUA